CCUAAAGGUUGACUUGAGACUGGUGAUUCCUCCGCUUAAUGCUUAUUUACACUCACGACUCAUUUGGUAAACUUUGCAUUCAGCGCAAAUUUCAACUUAAAAAUAAAUCAAUCCUCUAACAUAUCAGUAUAUUCAUUUUUUUAAAAUCCCACUCUAAACUUUCGGCUGGGUUUAUAAUGACCUUAAAUAUACUUUCUGAACAAGUGCUUAUGCAUUCAGGAUAAUGGAUGGACCUGUUGCUUACUGAUACAUUACUGAAAAGAUUGCACUUAAAAGCUUUAUGUAAAAGAAUGCAACUGCUGAAUCAUUUCUUGAGUUCCAAGAUUAACUUAAUGAGAUGCUAAUGAGGAAAGCUGAUAUAUCAUCACAUCUUUUCUUAAUAAAAGUGGCAACAAUAAGAAAGGCUUCACUUUUCAAAGACCCACAAUCACAACUUCAUCAUGGAACAUAUCUAGAUGGAAUCAUGAAAUAAUAAAUUCUCCAAUACAUCUUUUUAGAAAUUUAUAAUCGUGCUAUAAUUUUUAUUACUUAUAAUUGCAAAUGUAUGAGUAUUGUUACUUACAUACAAAAAAAGAGGAAUUUUAUUCUUAUGACUCCUGUUAUAAAACAUCUUUCCAAAUAUUACAUUCAAAGUUCUCCCUUAUGAUUCACUUAAUGAAGAAACUUCAUUUUUCGAAAUAUGGUCAAAAACAUUUAAAUUAUGUUCGUCGUGAAAAUUUUACUUGCAAACUGGAAUUAAAGAGAUGUCUCGUGCUACUGACAUGCAGAAAGAAGGACUUUAAAAACGCAAUUUUACCAUUGAGCACUUAAUGUAGAAAGCAUAUGCUUGCAAAUUUUGAGAUAUUUCCGAAUUUAAAGAAAUGUUUCCUUUUUCUUACUAUUAAGAAACCACAAGCAUGUGACAUUUGUAGUAAAGCAGUUUUUGAAUGGUUACAUUUAAAAAUUCAUUUAAUGUCGCAAACGAAUGAAGAAUCUGACGCUUGCAAAUUUUGCAGCAAAGUCUUUUCUGUGAUUUGGAAUUUAAAAAGUCAUUUAAAUACAUAGACACAUACAGAAGAGAAAAUGUUUACAUGCGAGUUUUGCAAGAAAAUCUUUUCUCAGAACGGACAUUUAAAAGUACAUGUGCGUCUGCAUACGCAAGAGACACCAUAUACUUGUGACGUUUGUAACAAACCGUUUUCGAAUACAGGAAAUUUCAAAAGACAUUUACGUACGCAUACGGGAGAGAAACCAUAUACAUGUGACAUUUGUUACAAACCCUUUUCGAAUAAGGGGGGUUUCACAAAACAUUUACGUUUGCAUACGGGGGAAAAACCAUAUACAUGUGAAUUUUGUAACAAAUCCUUUUCGGAUAAGGGAAAUUUCAAAAAUCAUUUGCGUCUGCACUCUCAAGAGAAACCAUUUAUAUGUGACAUUUGUAACAAACCCUUUUCGGAGAAGUGGAGUUUAACAAGACAUUUACGUACGCAUACAGGAGAGAAACCGUAUGCAUGUGAAUUUUGUAACAAACUAUUUUCGGAUAAGGGGAAUUUCAAAAGUCAUUUGCGUACACAUACGCUAGAGAAACCAUAUGCGUGUGACAUUUGUUACAAGCCCUUUUCGAAUAAGGGGAGUUUCAAAAGACAUUUACGUAUGCAUACGGGAGAGAAACCGUAUGCAUGUGAAUUUUGUAACAAAACCUUUUCUGAUAUGGGGAAUUUCAAAAGACAUUUACUUACGCAUACGAAAGAAAAAUCCUAUAUAUGUGACAUUUGUAAUACAGCUUUUUCUCAGAAUUCGAGUUUGAAAAGACAUUUAUUUACGCACACAAAAGAGAAACCAUAUACAUGUGACACUUGCAAGAAAGCGUUUCUGUGGCCUGUUGAUUUAAAGAAACAUUUACUGACGCAUACGAAAAUGAAAUCGCAUACUUGUGACGUAUGUAAAAAAGCCUUUUCUGAUAUAUCGGGUUUAAAAGUACAUUUACGAACGCAUACGAAAGAAAAGCCGUAUGCAUGUGACUUCUGCAAUAUAAGAUAUUCUCAUUCCAUUUCUUUAAGGAAACAUUUGCUGAAGCAUAUCUUAGAAAAUGAAUGAAUUAUAUGCCUCUGAAGUUCAAUAAAGUGCUUAUUAAUGGGAAAACUUCACCUCAUCUUAAAAACUCAUCGUAAUGAUUUUACAAUGAUUGUAAAGAUUUCGUAAUGAUUUUUUAAGUUAACAUUUCAAAAAACAAGGACCAAAAAGGCUUAUUAUUUUACUAAAAUAUGUUGAAAUAUCUUGUAGAUCUCCAUUUUGUAUUGCGAAGUUAUUAUACAGGGAAAUAUUUGUGCCUAAACUAAUAUUCGAACUUUGCAGGGCUAUUGAAGAAAAGAAAGAAAAGUAUAACCUCGUUCAUCCGAAAUUACAAAUAGCAGUUGAAAAUUGAAACAAUAUAGUUAUAAAUGUUCAUUAGAAGCUCCUCCAAAAUUACGAAUAUUAUCAAAACAAUACGAUAUCUCAUCCCAUAACCUUUCAGUUUCUCCAACAUCAUGCUUUUUAAGUUUUGUCAACGUCAGUUGAUAAGAGGGGAAUAAACACCUGCUGUUUGUUGUAGCUCCGGAUUAACUAAUUCAUGUGAAUAUAUUUUAUACGCAUGCGUUAAAAUGCUUCCAAUAAAAAUUUGUAUUUUAUUGAAAAGUAUUGUAAAUUAAAGUACUUCCCUCUGACUUUUGUGUGUGGCUAUAACUUCUAUAAGUUUUCAUCUGUGACAUUUUGCAACUUCUUGAAGUUUCAAAACUGUGAUUUAUUUUUAGAAAUUUAAAAUCUAAUAUGCAGAAGUAUUUCGUAUGGAAGAGUGUCAUUUGUGGAAUUUAUAUAACAGGGUUUCUUGCUUCAACUGUGCAUCUUAUAUUAAUCCAUUUUGUAUUGAAUAGUUCUUGUGCAUUUUUCUAAAAAAAUUCGAAGAUAAAGUUUAAAAUUUAGGAUGUAAUGAUACGUUUUGUGUUUCGUUUUGCUGGUGGUGUUUGAUUAUUAUAUAGUUGUAGAAAAAUUUAAUUUAACGUUC